CUUCCUCCUAAAAAAUGGAUAUAUUAGUAGUGUUCUUUAGUGAAUUCCAUGACGAAAAAGGGCCAAUUUUGUACGCUAUAACUAACCAAUCUCUAGGCUGUACCAAUACCCUGAAGGGGUGAUUGACAAGAAGGAAUACACCUUACUAUCAGAUUACAUUAUUCCCAAACCUGUAAUGUGUGAUAAAAUCUUUAAAAUGCGGAAGGACAAUUAUAUCCUAAUGGGUAUGCCCAUUGAAAUCCUUAACAAGAAAUACAAGCGGAAAGCUAUAGAGUUCAACCUUGGUUUCUUCCUGACUGAGCAGGCAGGCUCUACUAAGUCAGAGAGACAGAAGGACAUAGAAGUUUAUUCAAAGAUUUUAAAAUAAAAUCGGAGAGAAAUUGACCGAACUCGAACUUGAAAGUGAGUUCAUCUGGAACGAAACCAAGAAAGUCAAACUUGAAGGAGUAGUCAAAGAUCUUUACAACCAACUCCAAAAUAGCUACGACUGCUUUAUCAAAAUAGACGAGUUUAAUUGCAUUAAUUUCAAGUUUGAGAAAAUCAAAGAGACUUCUAAAAAGGAUAGCGAGGAGAAAUAAGUUCGAGAAUAUAGCCAAAGGGAUCAGGAAGGACUCCCUCAAUUCUACUGCAGAUUCCAAGAGGAAAACUAGUAUGCUUGCUAGAUUAAUCACUAGGUUUCACUUCUCAAAUGUCUAUAAAUGUACGCCCAGGCUGCUAGAGUUCAUCAAAUCUCCUGAGAAACAGAGAGAGUGCUUCGAGUAUAUCACAUAUGGCAAGAAAGAGUUCGGACUCAAGAACGUUUUUGAGGCUGACCUUGAUAUAAUAAUUGAUCCAACAGAUAAAAACUCCUCUUUUAUAGAUAAGGAUGAGGAUUACUUCACUAGAGAAGAGAAGUCAGGAGAUUUCUCAGAGGCGAUGGAAUAUACCAUAAAUGUUGGACUUGAGCUGGUUCAACUAUACACAAGGAUUUGUAACUCACAACUCACUGUUGAAAAUUUUAUCCUGCACUAUGUAAGCGAGUUGGUAAAUCAAGAGAAUAUCAACUUGUUCAUCGAUUACGGAAUUCAGAAUGGCUAUGUCAAGAAAUGCAACCAAUACACUAAACAUAAAUAAGUUAUUGUGGAAUUUACUAACAACUAUUAGAAGAUAUAGCUCUUGAUUGGUACUUUAUGGCCUUCAUAGCUACUUAUCAGUCACCCAUGGAGAUAUCUUUGCCUUCUCAGCCUCAUCUCUAUUUUAG